GCCGCGUGCUCUGCCUGAUCAGAACCUAACAACAUCUGUUGAACUUUGAUCGCAAGUAGCUGAGAAGCCAGUAUUUCAUCAUGGCUUCAUCAAAAGCUGCGCGCAUGGGAGAAGAGGUAUGGAAGAGUCGAGUCGACAAAGUUAAUGCUGAGUUGGUGACCCUGACUUAUGGGACGAUCGUUGCACAAUUAUGCAAAGACUAUGAGAACGACUACGUUGAGGUUAACAAACAACUCGAUAAAAUGGGCUACAACAUUGGUCUACGGUUGAUUGAAGACUACCUCGCAAAAUCGAAUACCAUGAGGAGGUGCUCGAAUUUCAGGGAGACGGCAGAAAUGAUUGCGAAGGUUGGAUUUAAGAUAUUUCUCAACAUCACACCAGUGAUCACGAACUGGACGAGCGACACCAAGCAAUUCUCUUUGAUCUUUGAAGAAAACCCACUUGCAGACUUCGUCGAGUUGCCCGAUGAUGGCAGGGCACAAGAUGAGUUAUGGUAUUCAAAUAUAUUCUGUGGGGUCUUGAGGGGAGCUCUGGAAAUGGUGCAGAUGCAGGUGGAGGUACACUUUAUCAGCGAUGUGCUAAGGGGCCAUGAUACGACGGAGAUGAGGGUAUCUCUGAUACGGUAUAUUGAUGAUGAGAUGCCAGUUGAUGAUGAAUAAGGGUCGGGCUUUUGGGAGUCUU